AUAAAACCGGUUUAACAUAUGUAAAUUAACUUUACCGCAUGGGUAGUGCAAAAAUGUAAAAAAAAUUCAUUCGUGUGUGAUCCAAUCAUAGCUUAUAUCAGCGUGUUAACAAGAGAAGACAGUGAUAUACGCGAUUUUUAUAAUACUCGUGUACUUCCUAUAGUGAUGAUAUCGCUCCGAGGACGAUAGUAAUUUUCAAUGAGUGAUUGUUAAAACUAUUCGCCUAAUUAUAUCGUAAUUAAUAAGAUAUGCUGGCUGUAUUCUGAGAAGUUGGUUCAGUGCGUGAAAUGAAACACAUGUGUGCGUUUUAUGUUUUUACUGGCGUGCUAUUGUUAUUGAAGAUUGUGUAUGCACAACAAAAUUCUCAAGAAUGGCCACCAGGUUGGACAGAAAAAUGCAUAGGAUGCAUUUGCGAAGCAGCUUCAGGAUGUAAUCAAACUAUAGGAUGUUUGGGUGAAUUUUGUGGAAUGUUUUUAUUCAGCAGAUCGUAUUGGGUGGACUCUGGAAGUCCUGUCAUACUUGGUGAUGAUCCGAAUAAUCAAGAUGCAUUUGUUCGCUGUGCAGUAGACUCCUACUGUGCUUCUAGAGCUGUAAAUCAAUACAUUCAAAAAUUCAUACAAGAUUGCAAUCACGAUGGUAGCUUGUCAUGCGACGAUUAUGCCAGAAUGCAUUUCUUCGGAUUUGUUCAAUGCGACAGAGCCAUUAACCGGACGCCUUAUUAUCGUGUUUUUCAGAGAUGUUUCCAAAAGAAUUGAAUAAGAGCUGAUAUCGAAUAUCCCGUUAUGUCAAAAAAAUAUUCUAUCAUGUGCUUUAGUUUAACACCAGGAAAAAAAACUGAAAUAUAUUCGUACACUGGGUAAAA